CCUUAAAAGGCCAAAGUUUCUUUAAAUAGUCAGCAAAUCUAAUCAAAUAUUAGUCAAGUAUUUGUUAAUUGGUUUAUGAUCUGGUUUUUUUCCAAAAAAAGUAUAACAUCAGUUCCUAACCAAUGGACUUUAAUUGAAUAAAUGCAUUUUAAUAUGAGAACUCAUAUUCUUUUUUCGCUUUGGCUUUGUAUGUGAAUUGAUGCUUUUGCUCGUGUUUCACUUAUUUCUAGCUACAAAUUUAACAUUGAUGCUUUUGACUCUUGUAGUGGGGAGCAUGCUAUAUUCUUUUUAAAAGUGACCAUGGUCGGGAUUUCAAGUUAAUCCAUUGUUGGGAAGAACUACGCAAAUAGACAAAAUGGCAUCUUUCCAUCGAUGAAUGACAAAACCGAGGAGACAGUAGAAGAGGUAGGCCUGCAAAUUCUGGAAUUCAGGCAUCAAGCACUCUAUCCAGAAUGCCAUUAGUCAAUCCUUCUGCAUCUUCACGUCUAGGUUUCGAUGGCAUAGGUGAUUCUAGCAAUAAUAUUAGCAUGCCUACAACCCCUACAUCUGGUACACCCAACACUGCUUCUAAAAAUUCACAGCCUCCUCAAGUCCUACCGGAAAGGCAUAUUGAACGACCAUUAGGGCAAAAAUCCACAAAGGAUAAACGUAGUCGUUCUGUGGGUACAAGUUCCCAAGCCUCUGAUGCUGCAAGUGAAAGAUUGCAUUCAACCAUCUGUGCUUGGAAGCAAAAAUCUAAGUCAAGAUUAGAAUCAAUGAAACAAAUAAAUGAAGAGCAACAGUUCCAUGCUAUUAAGUUUGCUAAGCUUGAGGAGAUUCAAAAGUGUAUACAAAUAACAAAAGAUCUUGUGAAUACUGAGAAGGAUUUGUUGUCCUUGAUGCCAGAACUCCCUACAGAUGAGGUCGCUGCUAAAGUCAUUGCUAGAAUGAGGCAGCUUGAUGAGUUGGACAAAGAGCACCAAUGCAUUCGAGCUAUGGAAUUCUCACCUAGAGCUUCAACAAGAAUUUGUGAUGAAAUGCAAGAGAAUAACAUUAAUCCAUGCAACCUCGAGAGUAGGUUCGAUGAUGUUGAGUCAAUGGGGGAUCGUACUUGAACAACGAGCAGUGAUACUGUGUGCACUAUCUGUAUAAAUGAAACAUGCAUUUGUGAUCAUGUGCUUGCAUGGUAUCCCUUCAUUAUUACUUGCACUAUGUGAUAGCCCAUUAGUAAUGUUUGUAGCCUGCUUGAUGGAUUACUAUUGGGUGUAAGAAUGUACUUAUUUACUUGCACUAUUUCUCAAAAUUAUGAAUUUGUAAGCUGACAAUAAGGGGUGAUGGAUGUUUGUAGUAUGCUUGAUGGAUUUUGUUAAUUAUUGCACGUUAUAGCUGAA